GGAGCCCAUUUCUUGCUCUGAAGUCUCACAGUGGGGAAAGCAGGGAUGAAGCUACUCUUUGCAGCUGCUUUUGCACUCUUUGUGCUGUCUGCCUUUGACCAGGCAGACUCCUCAGCUUAUGACAAGAUAGUUGCCCACAGUCGUAUUAGAGCAAAGAAAGAAGGACCAAAUAUGUGUGCUCUCCAGCAAGUCAUGGGGACAAAGAAGAAAUACUUCAGCACUUGUCGUAAUUGGUACCAAGGGGCCAUCUGUGGAAAGAAAGCGACCGUGUUGUAUGAGUGUUGCCCAGGUUACAUGAAGCUGGAAGGCAUGCGUGGCUGUCCUGCAGUUGCUCCCAUUGACAACGUUUAUGGCACCCUCGGCCUGGUCAAAGCCACAACAACCCAGGACUACUCUGCUCUAUCCAAGCUACAGGAGGAGAUUGAAGGCCCUGGGUCAUACACUUUCUUCGCCCCCAGUAAUGAUGCUUGGGAACUUCUCGUUCCGGAGAUAAGGAAUGCCCUGGUGAGCAAUGUUAAUAUUGAGCUGUACAAUGCUCUGCACUACCACAUGGUCAACAAACGUCUCCUUACCAAAGACCUCAAGAACGGAAUGACCGCCACCUCCAUGUACAAUGACUUGAACCUGCUCAUCAAUCAUUACUCCAAUGGGGUUGUCACAGUGAACUGUGCCAGGAUCAUUCACGGCAACCAGGUGGCAACCAACGGAGUGGUCCACGUCAUUGACCGUGUCAUCACGGCCGCUGGCAACACCAUUCAGGAUGUGAUUGAAGUGGAUGAUGACCUGAGUACUUUGAGUACUGUGGCUAUAGCAUCUGGUUUGAUUGAGAAGCUUGGUCAACCGGGACAGUUCACCCUGUUCGCCCCAACCAAUGAUGCUUUUGACAAGCUGGAUAGAGAGGUUCUGGACAGGCUUAUGGAAGACAAGAAUUCCCUCCAAGCUCUCUUCAACUACCAUCUGUUGAACUCUGUUCAGUGCUCUGAGGCCAUCAUGGCCGGCACGUCUUAUGAGACCCUGGAGGGCAGCAAUAUUGAGAUUGGCUGCGAUGGAGAUAGUCUCACAGUCAACGGCAUCAAGAUGGUACUCAAGAAGGACAUUGUCACCACCAAUGGAGUCAUCCACCUCAUCGAUCAAGUCCUCAUGCCUGACUCUGCUAAACAUGUUAUGGAGUUGGUUGGACAAUCUCAGGGCACCUUCGGCGACAUGUUGAUAGAGCUGGGCUUGUCUGCAGCUAUGCGACCCCAGGCUGAGUACACACUCCUGGCCCCACUUAACUCAGCCUUCAACGAUGAGGUGAUGUCCAUGGACCAGAGCAUCCUGAAGGUCAUUUUGGAAAACCACAUCCUGAAGAAUAAGAUUGUGCUGAGUGAGCUGUACAAUGGUCAGCGUCUGGAAACACUCGCAGGGAAAUUUCUCAGAGUCUUCAUCUACCGCACAGCUGUCUGCAUUGAGAACGCCUGCUUGAUCCGUGGAAGCAAAGAGGGAAGCAACGGUGCCCUCCAUCUUAUGAAGACCCUGAUCAUGCCAGCAGAGUCCAGCAUGUACCAUCUUCUGGUGAAAAACGGAGCCUUCAAAAUCUUUUUGUCCCUGAUGGAGGCAGCUGAUCUGACUGAUCUGCUCAAAAAUGAAGGAGAUUUCACACUCUUUGCUCCCACAGAUGAGGCUUUUGCAGGGCUCAGUGACAGAGACUUGUCUCUUUUGAAGAGUGACGUUAACGCCCUCAGAGCCAUCCUGCUCUAUCACUUCAGUAAUGGCAUCUUCAUCGGUGGAGGCUUGGAGACUGGAGUCACUAACCUCCUAAAAACUCUCCAGGGCAGCAAUUUGAAGGUGUUGUAUGCAAAUGAGGGCAUGCAGGUCAACACUGUGAAAGUUCCUGAUUCUGAUCUAAUGGCCACAAAUGGAGUUAUUCACUUUGUCAGAACUCUUCUGUACCCUGAGGAUAUACCAGUUGGGAGCCAGGACCUCCUUUCACUCCUGAGAAGGAUCAUCCGACACAUCCAUAUUAAGUUUGUCUCUGGAUACAGAUAUCAGGAGAUCCCUCUUACAUUUAGGAAAAGAGUCAUCACAGUUCAGGGAGAGCCCACAAUCACCAAGGUGACACGGGUUAUUGAGGGCGAUCCGAGAAUUACAAAGGUUACCAGAGUCAUUGAAGGAGUACACCACAGGAGAACCUAGAUCAAGACCAGCCACAGUGAGCACGUAGAAAACAAGUGCUGAAGAGUAUAGCAGAUACGUCCUUCAUUUACGUGCGCAGUGGUCCAGAACCUACCAGGUUGGAGUUGAGUUUAAGACAAAAAAACAAACAAUCUCGUUACUGAUCAUUCCUGUUGCCCCAGAGAUAAUAGAUGAGUUUGUUCAAGUACAUUUGGUCCAAACAGGGAUAUGAAAUUCUCCAUAUGUGUAUGCAAAUAUUUUAAGCUCUCUUCUAAAGUGUGGUUUGAAAAAUCACAGUUUCAUAAAUAAGUGAUCAUACUGUAUGUGACGUGACACACAAAAUCAGAUUAUUUUGUGUUACAAUGAUUCAGAAACAUGUGGAGUACCGGUACACGGCACAGGCAUACAAACAAAAAAAGGAAGUGUUCAUAUGAAAUGCCUGGUGUAGGGAACUGUUGCCUUAAACCAGUAACAUGAAUUUAUUUUUCUGGGGUACAGUUUACCGUUGCAUGGACAAUGAUUUUAUGGUGCUCAUAAUUAGAUGGUGUAAAAUCUAAAAUAAAGAUAGAAAUUAUGUUGCAUAGUUUUGUUAUAGAAUCUCAAAUCAUUUUCAUGUUUAGUUUUUUUUUUUCUGCUGGGAUAGAGGAUUGUUUUUCUCUAGUCUUUUGUGUGUGUCUGCAAUUGUGUGUCCAUUUUGCAUUAACUGUGCACAAAUGUGCUGAACAUUGCAUUCUUUGAAAACUCAAAGCUUUUUCUCAAAACUGAAUUUUUAUGUUUCCAGUCCAAAUUUAUUUCAACAUAAACGGGUUUUGGAUCUUUUGCUUUUACUUUUCAAUUUCCAUAAUAAACUCAACUUUUAGACAUGGAA